CUUUUCUUUCCAUUAUUUCAAACAAAUCAACAUGAUCAGUGCUAAGAAACUCAUCAAGAUGGCAAGGAAAUGGCAGAAGUUCGCAGCGAAUCAGAGGAAGAGAAUUUCUUUUCCAAGAUCCAAUUACAAUGAUGCAGAGAGUUGCAGCACAACAUGUAUAGUUGACAAAGGUCAUUUUGUGGUGUAUACAACUGAUCAGAAGCGAUUUGUGGUUCCGUUGGCUUAUCUUCAAAACGAGGUAAUCAGACAACUGUUGCACAUGUCUGAAGAAGAGUUUGGACUACCAAGUGAUGGCCCCAUCACGUUACCGUGUGAUGCACUAUUCAUGAACUACAUUAUAUCACUUAUCAGAAGAGGUGUAUCUACAGAUUUUCAAAAUGCUUUGCUUGUAACAGUCGCUUCCAGUCGAUGCUCAGCAGCUUCAUAUCUUGAAGAACAAAGAAACCCGCAAGUGCUAGUUUGUUAAGCUAACUGUGAUAAAUUUUGUAACAUGAUACUCAACAAGUGUAUAGAAUAUUAACAUCUAUUUUUUAAUCAGAAACUA